AUGUCGUUCAGUGAGAUGAACCGCAGGACGCUGGCGUUCCGGGGCGGCGGGCUGCUGGCCGGCGGCGGCUCCGCGAACAAUGCCGCCGGCGGGGAGGCCUCGGCUUGGCCGCCGCAGCCCCCGCCGCGCCAGCCCCGGCCGCCCGCGCCGCCGCAGCCCAACGGGCGGGGGGCGGACGGGGACGCGGAGCCGGAGGGCCGGGCGCCCCGGGACCCCGAGGCCGCGGCCGCGGAGGAGGCGCCCGAGCCGCCGCUGCCCCCGGACGCGGGCGGCCCCGGCCCGCUGCUCGCCGAGAGGAACCGUCGGACGCUGGCCUUCCGCGGCGGCGGCGGCGGGGGUCUGGGCAACAAUGGCAGCAGCCGCGGCCGGCCCGACCCCCCGGCGUGGCCGCCCCGGCAUCUGUGCGGGCGCGGGCCGGCGGCGGCGGAGCCGGAGCCGGACGCGCCGGAGGGGAAGGACUCGGCGGCGGACGGCGCGUCCCUGAGCGACAGCAGCGAGGACGACGAGGAGGGGGCGAGCCCGGGCGACGGCAGCGGCGCGGAAGGCGGCGGCCGGCGCUCGGGCGGCGACGGCGGGGACGAGGCGGAGGGCGGCGCGGGGCCCGGCGACGGCGAGGCCGCCCCGCAGCUCCCGCUCGCGCGGCCCAAGUCGCUGAUGCAGAAGCUGCAGAGCUCCUUCCAGGCGGCCUGGCUGCGGGACUUCCCCUGGCUGCGCUACUGCCCCGACACCGGCCUCAUGUCCUGCGGCUGGUGCCAGAGGACCCCCGCCGACGGCGCCGGCGCCGACCUCGCGCCCCUGGGGCACGACGAGCUGUCGCGAGGGACCCGCAACUACAAGAAGACGCUGCUCCUGCGGCACCACGUCUCCGCGGAGCACAAGCUCCACGAAGCCAACGCCCAGGAACCAGAAAUACCUUCAGAAGAGGGAUACUGUGACUUUAAUAGCAGGCCAAAUGAAAACUCUUAUUGCUAUCAACUUCUUCGACAAUUAAAUGAGCAGAGAAAGAAAGGUAUUCUUUGUGAUGUCAGCAUUGUGGUGAGCGGAAAAAUCUUUAAAGCUCAUAAGAACAUCCUGGUUGCAGGCAGCCGUUUCUUUAAGACUCUAUAUUGCUUUUCCAACAAAGAAAGCCCUAACCAAAACAAUACUACCCACUUAGAUAUUGCUGCAGUUCAAGGUUUCUCCGUCAUCUUGGACUUCCUGUAUUCUGGUAACCUGGUGCUCACAAGCCAAAACGCCAUUGAAGUGAUGACCGUGGCCAGCUAUCUGCAAAUGAGCGAAGUUGUUCAGACUUGCCGAAAUUUCAUUAAAGAUGCCUUAAAUAUAAGCAUUAAAUCUGAAGCUCCGGAGUCUGUGGUUGUGGACUAUAACAAUAGAAAACCAGUUAAUAGAGAUGGUCUGUCUUCAUCGCGGGAUCAAAAAAUUGCCAGUUUUUGGGCAACACGGAAUCUUACCAAUUUGGCAAGUAACGUAAAAACUGAAAAUGAUGGUUGUAACGUCGAGGAGGGCCAAAUAGAGAAUUACCAAAUGAAUGACAGUGACUGGGUCCAGGAUGGUUCACCGGAAUUACAGGCUGAAAACGAAGCCCCAGCUCAAACAAAAGUGUUCAUUUGGAAUAAUAUGGGCUCCCAGGGAAUUCAAGAAACUGGCAACAAGACAAGGAGGAAAAACCAGACUGCCAAGAGGUUUGUUUAUAACAUACCACCCAAUAACGAAGCAGGUUUGGAAGACUGCUCCGCGCUGCAGCCGCCUGCUGCCUAUCCGGAGGAGGACGUGCCCUUCGUUAAGGAAGAGCCAGAUCUGGAUGGUGCUCUGCUCUCCGGGCCAGACUGUGACAGGACCGCGAACGCAAACGUGCUGGCAGAAGCCAGCUUGGGGCAGGAUGGAGGCGAUGCUGGUACUUCACAUGAUUUCAAGUAUGGCCUGAUGCCUGGCCCAUCAAAUGAUUUCAAAUAUGGAUUGCUACCAGGUACUUCAAACGAUUUCAAGUAUGGAUUGCUGCCAGGUGCUGCAAACGAUUUCAAGUAUGGAUUGCUGCCUGAAUCUUGGCCAAAACAAGAAACCUGGGAAAAUGGUGAAUCAUCUCUAAACUUGAACAAGUUGAAAUGCCCUCAUUGUACCUAUGUAGCCAAAUAUAGACGAACACUAAAAAGGCAUUUGCUCAUUCAUACGGGAGUCCGAUCCUUUAGCUGUGAUAUUUGUGGAAAACUGUUUACUCGCAGAGAGCAUGUAAAAAGACAUUCCCUGGUGCAUAAAAAGGAUAAAAAAUACAAAUGUAUGGUGUGUAAGAAGAUCUUCAUAUUAGCUGCCAGUGUUGGAAUAAGACAUGGAUCUCGACGCUAUGGUAUUUGUGUUGAGUGUGCAGAUAAACCACGGCCAGGAAGGCAACAAAUUGUAGUUCAGGGAGAGGAUACAGAUUUCCAUCGGGAUGAAGAGUACGAGGAGAACGAAGGGGGAGAAGCUGAAGAAGAGCUGGCUGAUGAUGGAGAAGAUCCGAACCACCCGUCACAAUGGGACGAGCUGGGAGACGUCUGUAUGUCUCAGGAUGAUUGA